AUGAGGAAGAUGCAAGACAGACAGCAACAACAGAAACUGUGGAACCAACAACAAGCUAGAAACCUGGAAGAUGUGAAGAUCUUCCAUAAGGAUAUGCUCGAAAUGCUGAAGAGAAUAGACCAGCUCUUGGAUGAGAAGGCAGGGCAUGGGAUUGGAACACCAGAAGAAGAAGAAGGGAAUACAACUAUGCAACAAAAUGAACAACAACAAUCUCUAUGGAAUCAACAACAAUCAAGGGCUCUGGAAGAUUUGAGGAUUAGCCACAAAGAAAGAGAUGAAGAGAAAGAAGCUGAGAUAGCUAAAUGGAAAAAGUACUACUGCUCACAGGAAGGAAUGGAGGCUGAGAAGGCUAAGUGGAGAGAGAUUUAUUACUCUGCCUUGAAGGAGAAGCAGAAAGUAGUCUACGAGGAUGAAGAAGAAGUAUCAUCGGAAGUUGCUGAGUCGGAAUUGGAAUCCGAGUCAACCCCGCAGCUCCCACCACCACAACCACCACUGCCGUUGCAGCCGCCACCGUUGCCGCUGCCUUCACCAUCACUUCUGCCAUCACUGUCAUCUCCACCACCAUCACCACUGCUGUCUCCACAACCUCUAAGAAUCGAGAACAAAAACGAGUAUGCAACUCUGAAUGUUAGAGACUCAAAGUUGUGUGGCGGAAUGCUGGAAGGGACUUUUCCUUUCACAAAUCGACCGAAGAGAACGUGA